UGUUGCUUAUGAUCCCCUCGUGCAAAAUCAUUUAUUAUAUUGAAUGAAAAGAUAUCUUAUUAUCAGCUUGUUUCAAUGAUAUGUGAAAAAAUUGGAAUUGAGUUGGAUGCACGUACGAUUGAUUUAACAUGAAGGCAUCCUGUGGUUUUUAGUGGAGUAGUGAAUUAUAUAGCUACACCAGUGGAUGAUAAUUUGUUAGAGUAUAUGUUUGCUGAAAAUCCACGUCAAAUUGAACUUUUUAUUGAAUAUACUCAUGUUACCACUGCGUUGCAAUUUGAACCUCAUAUAACUCAUCAUGAUGUUGGAACGUCUAGGAGAGAUGCUUAUCCUAGUUUUGAUGUCGGGACAUCUAGGAGGGAUGAUGAAUAUCAUAGCUUUGAAUUCAACACAUCUGGGAGGGAUGUUGCUGAACCAGUAGAUGUACCAAAUGUGACAUUUGAUGGUUAUUAUGGUUCAGAUGGUUCUGAUAAUUGUGAUGGUUCAGAUGGUUCUGAUAAUUGUGAUGGUACAGAUGGUUCUGAUAAUUGUGAUGGUGCAGAUAAUGUUGAUGGUGCAGAUGGUUCUGACUGUGAUGGUUCUGAUGGUUCUCAACCAAGUGAUCCUGAUUAUAGUGCAGAAUCAUGUGAAGAUUCUACAGACGACGAGACACUUGAUAUGAUGGUUGAGAAUUAUGUACAACCAUCUGUUCGUGGGGAGCAAUCUGUUCCCGACUAUGUGCCUGAAGGGUUACCAUUUUUUCGAUCAUUACCAUGUGAAGGCAGCCGAGGUUACUUUUCAGAAGACCAUGGUUUGGUUGAAGAAGAUAUGUGGUAUUGGGAUGAGGAUAAUCCGAGACAUAUAGAUGUGGGAACAAAAUUUGAUAGCAAAUUGCAGUUGAAAACUGCUGUCACAUUAUGGCAUGUGGGAACAGGUCGGAUGUAUGAGGUUAUGGAUAGUAAAUCAAGAAGAUGGCAUGCAGUUUGUAGGGACCCAUUUGGUCCGAAAAGAAAAGGCAGGGACCUUGGGCAACGCUACCUAUGUAAUUGGGAGGUUAAAGCAACGUUUAAGAAACGUGAUGGUAGCUGGUCUAUCAACUCAUGGGUUGAUCGUCAUUGCUGUAUGGGAGAUCACGAUCCAAGUGAACAUGUUAAUCUUACAUCAUCCAUGAUUGCUCUCUGUAUUCAAAGUCAAAUUGAAAACGAUGCUGAAUUCAAGCCUUCUGCAGUACUUACAUAUAUCAUAGAUAAAUUUCACGUGAAAAUCAGCUAUAAGAAAGCAUGGUACGCUCGCAGAAAAGCUAUUGAGCUUGUAUAUGGUGGGUGGGAGGGAUCAUUCAGACAACUCCCCAGCUACCUGACUGAGUUGCAAACUCAAAAUCCGGGGACAAUCGUUGAGUGGUUGCAUGACCCUGUAUUGAGUCAAGGUAAUACAAAGGUGUUCCGCUACGUAUUUUGGGCAUUUGGGCCAGCAAUAGAGGUGUUCCAAGUAGCAAAGCCGGUCUUAUCAGUUGAUGGGACUCACCUGCGUGGAAGACUGAAAGGUUUGAAGAGGCUAUGAUGGGAGUGGUGAACAAGUUUGUGAUUGCAUCCAUGUGCAUGUUUGCAGCUCCUCUCGCGAUUCUAUAUGGAUUCAAACACAAUUUCUUACCCUGUUCUAAUGAGCUCCCCUCGGAGUCUGUGACUCUGUGGAGCGGAAUCCUCGCCGUCUUCUCCGUCAACGCGGUCACAGCAUUCUACAUCUACAUGGCCCUGAAAGAGCCCUCAAGCAAACCUGAGCCAGAUCUUAAGUUCGUUGCAGAGGCGGAGGCCAGCAUAAAGCAAUCGCAACCAAGCGAAGCAGCAGAUCGUUCCAAACACGAGUAGCCCUUCUUAAUCGGGGUUGGCCGCAUAGUUUCUAGAAGCUUCUAUGUCAAGUUUGUUGCUGAGUUUUUAGGUCUUAAUUAUUGUGAAUUUUAGGGUGUUAAUUAGAUUCACAAAGCAAGUUAUACAUUACCAAAAAUACUACUUUCUGCAGUGGCGGAUCCAGGGGGGGCAGGAGGGGGCGGUCGCCCCCUCCACGCGACUAAUUUUCCCUUAUCUCGGAUGUAUAUUUUCCAUAUCCGCCCCCUCCGUUGUCUCCGACGUUGCUCCGUUGACCGAAAAAAAAUAACCAUUAUCUCCCAAGCUCAAUUGAAAUAAAAUUUUAAAACUCAA